CUCACAAAAGAUUCAUCAGGGGCCUGUCACUAUCUGAAGUUUAAAAAAAAAAAUGGGAAGAAAAGGGCUUCAGUGGGGGUCGAUGAUGUUCCUGCUACCGUUCCUCACAGUAUUUUUGGCGAAGCAAAGCCAUACCCGGACCCACUCUCUGAGAUACUUUCGUCUGGCUGUUUCCGAUCCUGGCCCUGGAGUCCCUGAAUUUAUCUCGGUUGGAUAUGUGGACUCACACCCUAUCACUACAUAUGACAGUGUCACCCGACAGAAGGAGCCAAGAGCCCCAUGGAUGGCGGAGAACCUGGCGCCUGACCACUGGGAGAGGUACACUCAGCUGCUAAGAGGCUGGCAGCGGACCUUCCAGACAGAGCUGAGGCACCUGCAGAGGCACUACAACCACUCAGGGCUUCACACCUACCAGAGAAUGAUCGGUUGUGAGUUGCUGGAAGACGGCAGCACCACAGGGUUUCUCCAGUAUGCAUAUGAUGGACAAGAUUUCAUUGUCUUCAAUAAAGACACCCUCUCCUGGCUGGCUAUGGAUAAUGUGGCUCAGAUCACCAAGCGAGCAUGGGAGGCCAACCUGCAUGAGUUGCAAUACCAAAAGAACUGGCUAGAAGAAGAGUGCAUUGCCUGGCUAAAGAGGUUCUUGGAGUAUGGAAGUGAUGCCCUAGAAAGAACAGAGCAUCCAGUAGUAAGAACAACUCGAAAGGAAACGUUUCCAGGGAUUACCACUCUCUUCUGCAGAGCUCAUGGCUUCUACCCGCCAGAAAUUUCCAUGAUAUGGAAGAAAAAUGGGGAAGAAAUUGUCCAGGAGGUGGAUUAUGGAGGGGUGCUUCCCAGUGGGGACGGAACCUAUCAAAUGUGGGUGUCGGUUGAUCUGGAUCCUCAGAGCAAAGACAUUUAUUCUUGUCAUGUGGAGCACUGUGGUCUCCAAAUGGUUCUGGAGGCCCCUCAGGAAUCAGGAAAUACCCUUCUAGUGGCAAACACGAUCUCUGGGACCAUAAUUCUCAUCCUUGUCCUGGCUGGAGUUGGUGCCCUGAUCUGGAGAAGAAGAUCGCGAGAACCAAAAGAAGUCAUGUACCAACCCACCCAAGUCAAUGAGGGCAGCUCUCCCUCUUAGGAGCCAUGGUCUCUGCUCUCAGGCACCCACGUGUCUCAGCCAUACUCCUGACACGA